AUGCCGGAACUGCGUCUGCUCUGCUGGGCGGCUCUCCUGGGCAUGGCGCGGGCCUGCCCCGAGCCCUGUGACUGCGGCGAGAAGUACGGCUUCCAGAUCGCUGACUGCGCCUACCGGGACCUGGAGGCCGUGCCGCACGGCUUCCCAGCCAACGUGACCACCCUGAGCCUGUCAGCCAACCGGCUGCCGAGCCUGCCAGAGGGCGCCUUCCGGGAGGUGCCCCUGCUGCAGUCACUGUGGCUGGCGCACAACGAGAUCCGCAGGGUGGCCGCCGGCGCCCUGGCCUCCCUGGGCCAGCUCAAGAGCCUGGACCUCAGCCACAACCUCCUGUCCGACUUUGCCUGGAGCGACCUGCACGCGCUCGGGGCCCUGCAGCUGCUCAAGUUGGACAGCAACGAGCUGACCGCCAUCCCCCGCGACGCCUUCCACAGCCUCCGCGCCCUGCGCUCGCUGCAGCUCAACCACAACCGGCUGCACACGCUGGCCGAGGGCACCUUCGCCCCCCUCACCGCGCUGUCCCACCUGCAGAUCAACGACAACCCCUUCGACUGCACCUGCGGCAUCGUGUGGCUCAAGGCGUGGGCCCUGGCCACGGCCGUGUCCAUCCCGGAACAGGACAAUGUCGCCUGCUCCUCGCCCCACGUGCUCAAGGGCACGCCACUUAGCCGCCUGCCGCCACUGCCUUGCUCGGCACCCUCGGCGCAGCUCAGCUACCAGCCGAGCCAGGACGGCACAGAGCUGCGGCCCGGCUUCGUGCUGGCGCUCCACUGUGACACGGACGGGCAGCCGGCCCCCCAGCUGCACUGGCACAUUCAGACAUCUGGAGGUACCAUGGAGAUCGCCAGUCCCAACGUGGGCCCGGAUGGGCGCGCUCUGGCUGCCAGUGGCCAGCCCCGCUUCCGGGCCUUUGCCAACGGCAGCCUGCUCAUCCCCGGCUUCGGCAAGCCGGACGAGGGCACCUAUAGCUGCCUGGCCACCAACGAGCUGGGCAGCGCCCAGAGCUCCGUGAACGUGGCCCUGGCCGCACCGGGGGAGGGAGGCGAGGACGCACUGGGGCGCAGGUUCCACAGCAAGGCCGCCGAGAGCAGGGGCUGCUACACCGUGGACAACGAGGUGCAGCCGUCGGGGCCCGAGGACAGCGUGGUCAUCAUCUACCUCAGCCGCCCCGGCAGCCCCGAGGCUGCCGUGGUAGGGGAAGCCGUCCCUGGGCCACGGCCCCCAGGCCUGCUGCUGCUGGGCCAGAGCCCCCUCCUCCUGCUCCUCCUCCUCCUCUUCCUCGCUGCCUUCUAGCCCCUCACCAGCACCCCUGGGGUUGGGGGUGCCUUCAUAUCCUCCUACCUCCCUGUCCAGCAUCUUGUGGCCCCCUGCUGCCACCCCCACCCCGUUUCUAGACCUGCACAGGACAGACUUGGACCCCAGAACUCAGUGACUGUGGGGCCACUGCUGCAGGCGGUGUCGUUGGGGGGUUGCCCUGCCCCUCCCCACCCCCACCUGGGCCUGGGUGCCAGAACUGCAGGAGCCUUGGCUGAGCAGCCGGUGGGGAGGCAGCCGCAAGUAGACGGCAGGGGCAAGGGCAGGACAGAAUGUGGGGACGGUGAGGCGGCGCUGGGGCCCCCGUGACCCGCGCCGGCUCCUCUGACAACUCAGGCUGGGGGCUCCUUCUGUCCCUGCCUCCGACAGGACCUGAGGGUCCCAAGCACCUCUCCCUCCUCUGCUCUCGCUCCUCCUCCCUCAGCUGCACCCCCCCCCCCCAGUCCUGGAACACCUGCCUCUCCAAGCGCACACCUGUAGCCUGCUCCUGGGAAGCCGGCUGGCCGGGGGGGCUGCAGAGCAAUAAACAGCAUGGCCGAUGCUC